AUGGCUUCUAAGAGACGAAGUAGAGCAGUGGAAAUAAUGCCUAUUCGAACAAACUAUUCUACAAGACGAGCCAAAUCUAGUCAACAAACGAAAAAAGUUGAAGAUAAAAAAUUAAUUUCAGAACAACCGUCAAUACCUAAAAAUGCUAUCAGAAAAAUCGAAAAACCUAAAUCAUCAACAGACAAGAAACCUAAUAAAGAUCGGAUUGAGAAAGCUGAAACAGGCAGAAACACAAAACCAAAGAAAAUUCACGAAUGCGCAAUAUGUCGCAAGCGUCCAUAUGAAUGCCCUGAGAAAGGAUGUAACAAGAGGUUCCGUCAAGCAGGAUGCCUUAAGAAUCACAGAGCUUCACAGCAUGGAACUGACGUGACAUUCAAUUGUGAUUUAUGCGGAAAACAAUUUCCAGUGAAGGAGCGUUUACGAUUGCAUUUGCGAGUGCACAGUGGGGAGAAACCAUAUAAGUGUCAUGUUUGCGAGAAGAACUUUGCCCGUGGCGGUCAAUUAUCACAACACAUGGUCACUCAUACUGGAAUCAAGAAAUACAAAUGCGACUUUUGUGGAUCGAAAUUUUCAUGUUUGGCUAAUUUGAAAAUUCAUCUUAAGAGUCAUUUGGAAGAACGAGAUUUUGUGUGCCAUAUUUGUUCGAAAGCAUUUUAUCGACGAGAUGCUUUAAAGAAACAUAUUUCAUGCUAUCACGAAAACAUAAAAGCUUUUCAUUGCCAUAUUUGCAACAAAAUGUUCAAAGGUCACUUGCCACAACAUAUGCGAACCCACCAAUCUAUAAAAACUCAUGGAUGCUUGAGUUGCGGUGCAUUGUUUUCACAAAGAUCUCAGUUAAUUGUUCAUCAGCGGAUUCACAGUUUGUCUUCAAGCUUUCGCACAUUCAUCAGUCUUGAAACUUCAUAUAAGGAAUGUGCUGUAGCUGAUGUCGCAUUUUCACAACUUCCACAUUUAAAAAAGCACAUGUUGAGCAUUCAUGGCAAGGAUAAGCCAUACAUGUGUGAAGCUUGUAAGGAAUUUUUCAAGACGAAACAAGAACUUCAACAGCACGCACACGGAUGCACAGCGAAUCUUGACAUGUCAAAGGAUCGAAUCAUGAAUGAUUAUAUUAAAAAUCAUCACGUUGAUCCACCAAUGUCAAUCGAGAAAAUGCGUUUAAUGGUCACAAUACUCUUAAAAAAGAUUUCCAGUGAGUCAAAGUUGAAAGAACUUGGCUUUGAGAAGCGUCUAAUUGACAAUAUUCUCAUCGAUUCACUGAAAUGUGCUGGAAGAAAGUUCCAUAAAGAUGAAAACUUUUCUGAAGCUGAACGAUUGAAACUUAACAUUGAAGAAUUUCUGGAAUGGACAAUUCCAGUGGAAACAAUGAAAGUGUUCAAAGAAGAUCGAAAAAGUACAGAAGAGAUUCUGGAAAAUCUUGUUGGUGGAUUUUAAAUAACUACGUGGGUGUUUAAUUGUAAUUUUGAGCAUCACAAGUCAAUGUACGACAGUUAAAGUUUAAUUUAGAGAAAAGCAUUCGACAUCUCUCUUUUGUGUUACAAAAAUAUGUUUAGAUGAAAGAAAUUCUGGCAAUUUUAAUCGCUGAACAUCACUCGUAAUUGUAGAUAAUCAGCAAACUUAUUAAUGUUUCUAAAAUAUCCAAAGGAAUAACAUAAAUGUGGUCAUAAAUUAGCAUCCAAUGUAGGAUUCAAAUUGAUUCAAAACUAAACCAAAGAUUGAAAUGAUUUUUUUAAAUUAAGCAAAUUUUAAUUACCAAAGCGAUCGAUGUUUUCACUUUUUAAUUUCAUAAAUAAAUAAUUAGAUUAAAUGUGUGUUGAAAAUAUUAAAUAAAGGAUGAAAAUGAAAUGAAAAUCAUUUUUGUUAUUU